AUGUCCCUCUCUCAAUCACAAGCCGCGCCGGCGUAUUUCCAGGCCCUCCUCGAACGCGGCCAGAAACGAGGAAGCAGUGAUGAACCCCAACUGCAGCUCGGCCUGGGAGACAUCGCGCGCAAGGUUAGAAACCUAGGCAAAGGCUUCACAGAUGCCAGAGCGCACUACCUCCUCUCUGCUUCCGGUGUCAACACGAGCCAGGCGCUGCGCGAUCUAGACGAGCUCGCAGCCAGUACUGCGCAGUCCUUACCCGAACAACUUCCCACGACAGGAGUGAAGCAGACUCUGCUAGAAACAUAUCAGAAUGACUUCCAGAAGAUGGUGGAUAGCCACGUGCAGCGUGCCCAUGAAGAGUUCGACCAGAUGAUAGAGGAGCGCUUGCACGGUGUGGAUUGGGAUGCGCAUCGUCAGCGCAUAUAUGAACAUUUCGGACUCAAGAAGCCUGAGAGCCAGCCCGCACCGGACGGCAGUGUCGUUGGAGGGGGCGCUUUUGGUCGAUCAUCGCGGCGCGGCAGAUUAUCUACGGCCGGGAAGUCGACAUUCGGCAUUCCGGGCCUGUCCAAGUCUGUAAUUGGCUCAAUAGGACCUCGCGGGCCACGGGGCAGUGCUUUUGGAGACAUCGCCGAGAAGCUGCCCGCAGAAGGCGUUCGGUCGGCGCCAGAAGACAGUCUGCAGCGACGGAAACAAGACAACUAUGCGGAGAAGGUGAAGGACCUGAACGUGGCGCGCCUACAAGAGAAAGUAUACCCGAUCCUCACUCGCUUUGCAGAAGUGGAGGCGGAGCCUUCGAACGACGACACAUCGAUGCUCGUGGCUGCGUACAAAGCGCUCGUCCACAUCACAGGCGAGGACGCGACCAAGGAGGCCAUUGCAGAUCCUGGGGUGGUGAGAGAACGCCAGUAUGCAGUAGCGUACCUGGACGAGUCGGUUCGGUCAACAGCUGAAGCCGUUGCUCUCCGGAAGCGUAUUCUGAAAGGUUCGCGAACCUACCUUGAGAAGCACUUCUUCACCCAGCAGCUGGAGCAGGUUGUCGCAAGAAACCCACGCGAGGCGCAGAUUGGUGGAGUUCCGAGUGCAAUCGACAAAGUCAAGGGAUAUGUGCGAGUGCGUGCCGCUCGCAAAGAGCUGACAUCGGAUCUCGAUGUCCUGCAGCAGAUCGACAACGACUACUGUUGGGCUGUGGUCUUCUAUCUCCUCCGGAGCGGUCUAUUUCAGGAGGCCCUCGACUACGUGAUUGAGAACAGAAAUGCUUUCAAGCAAAUUGAUGGCCAAUUCAUCAGAUAUCUCGAAGCAUAUGUUAGAGACAAGGACGAACACAGGCUCCCAUCGGCUCUACAGACCAGCAUCAACAAUGAGUACGCCCAACGACAGCGAUUCGCGCCUGAAGACUCUGUUGAUCCAUACCGACAAAUGUGCUACAAAGUUAUUGGGCGCUGCGAACUUGCUCGUCGUAGCGUCCUGGAAGGCGUCUACAGCGACAUGCAGGACUGGAUUUGGUUGCAAUUCGCACUUGCUCGCGAGUAUUUGCAUGAAGACGAACUCGCGCACGAAGCCUACAAUUUACAAGAUGUGCGGCAGUCUUUCAAGGACGUCGGUGAGCGGUAUUUCGGCCCCGGUAGCGAUAUCACGAACGCGCCGACUACCUACUUCUACAUGCAAAUACUGGCCGGCAUGUUUGAGAAGGCCGUUGCCGACCUCUAUGCACACAAUUAUGUCUCGGCCGUGCACUUCGCCAUCAGUCUCGAUUUCUACGGCCUGCUACGCGUGAGCGAUGUCAGCAACAGCGAUGACCUGCUCUCAUACACCACACGACAAGCGCCUCAAAUUGCGUUCGGCAGCAUGAUCGGACUCUACACGCGGGACUUCCGAACAGCAAAUGCGACCGCAGCCGUCGAUUAUCUCACCUUGAUCUGUCUCAAUGGCGACCUCACCGGUGAUCUUGGCAAGGCACAACGUGAGCUUUGCUACCAAGCUCUUACAGAAGUAACGUUGGAGACGCGCGAGUUUGCCCAGCUCAUCGGCGACGUACGAGAUAACGGCCAGCGCAUCGAUGGUGCGAUUGCUCAACGUCUGAAGCUCAUCGGUCUCGAGAACCAGCGGGAAUUCCUCAAACACAUCACACAGGUCGCGGCUCGUACCGCGGAAGAGCAGGGCAGAACUGCCGAUGCCGCGCUGCUAUAUCACCUCUGCGAAGACUACAAUAAGGUGUUCCACGUUAUCAACGAGGCCUUGUCGUUGGCACUCACCACGGAGCUUGGUGAGCAACCGGAACGUCUGGAACCGCUGAAGCCACGAAAUACCGCCAGUCAAAACAACCAAAGCUCGAGUCAACAACAAGCAAGUCUGAGUCUCACCUCCAUUGAUGACCCGGUGCAGUUGGCUCUCGGAAUUCAAGAUUUGUACAACAAGAAUCCGAUGUACAACGCGUACAUCGAUGAGAACGUCCGCGGCACGUGCACUGUUCUUCUCACAUUGGCAGAAGCACGGAAGAGUCUCGAAGACGGCCAGUGGCCGUUGGCACUCGAGGUAAGCUCUCAUCACACAUCUUUCCCCGCCCCGAUAACAUACUGAUUUGUUCUCCCACCCCAGAAAAUCAAAGCAUCGAACGUCAUCCCCAUGGGAGAGAACGGAACCCUCAGCGCCAUCCGCAUGAAAGCCGUCGAGUUCCAAGGCUUCCCGCCCAGCGUCGCUCGCACGGUCGGGCACGUGAUGCUCUGGACGGUGAUUGCCUGCAGCAACGAGGUGGACCACAUCCGCCGCCAGUCCCUGCAGAACCCCAACGCGACGCAGUACGUCGCGGCCUGCACGCAGCAAGCGAAGGAUGUCAUGGUGUUUGCUGGCUUGAUCCGAUACAAGCUGCCCGGACGGGUCUGGGAGACGCUCGCGCAGGCGGGCCAGGAUCUCGGAGCGUACUAA